AUGCCGAUUCGUAGCAAGAUAUGCUUAAUUGACCCACGACGAAAAUAUGAGACCGUGCUUGGAAAAAAGAACAUCAACCAGGCGCAAAGUAUUACCUUUCAAUGCCUGGUAUUUUUGACUAUUGGGUUUAUAGUUUUUUGUAUCAAAAAGUUGAAUCAACUAGAUGAUGCUAAUACUAUGAUUAAAAUAAUACAGAAUGAAUAUUCGAUUGAUAGUUUGCUGGAAACUGAUAAUGAAACCAGUGCGCUAAUUGAGACUCUAGAUGUUUCCCAUACUUUUAUAGUUUCUGCAUAUUAUUAUCCUAUUUCCAAGUCGUUAGUUUUGAUCUACCUACCGAUUUUCUGAUAUUCAGGAAGCAGCCGAGUUUAUAACUUUUUUGGAUAGUAACGAUGUUUUGUUCCCAGUGAACUACCCGACAUAUACCCAAGAAUUUGCUGCAGAGUUCGACAAAAAUGAGGGUGUCAAAUCAAUAUCUUAUGGGAGAAAAGUUCACCAAUUUGUAAGAGCCGGAAGUUUAUCUGAGUUCAAUUUUCACGACCUCAUGUCUACAUUAAAAUCAUCGGUUUCAAAAGGAUCAAAACCGGUGAUCAAGCCGGAAUUUUUCAACAUUAUUGGAAUUCAUGAAAAUACUAAUAGUUUUAAUAGACGUUUCAUAACAACCCCGUCAAUUAUCCACGUGGAACGACCAAUUUCAAAGCAGGAACUCGGCGAGCUGCGACAAUUUUGGAAUUUUGAUUUCAGCCCAUCACAAGAGAAAAUCCAACCUGGCGAUAUUCAAGCACUGGAAGAGGAUUUUUGGAGAAUCCGAAACAUGACAACAGUUGCACAACUCGAUGGCUCACUUCCCGGCAGUGAUCACCUUUUCACAGCGAUUUCAAAAUGUCUCGCAGAUCAACGUUCCGAAGAACAACUGUGUCCGAACUUUGAAAAAUGCGAAAUUCCGCAGAAUGCUCAAAAAUGCUUGCACACAGAUGCCAAUUACUAUACCAGCAAUCACAUGGCUCCGUACACUUAUCAUUUGUAUAGUGAUGCAUUUUUGUCUGAAACUAAAGAAUGCAAUUUUUGAAU